UCGGAUAAAGUGGCCAUAGUGCAAGUUGAUUAUGCUAAUCCUGCAUCGUUGGAGAGCGCGUUGGAAGGCGUGGAUGUGUUGGUAAGCACUUUGGGGAUGGGAACGUGGACGAAGGUUGCUCAGGACAACUUACUUCAAGCCGCCCUCGCCUCAAAAGUAAAGGUGUACUUUCCAUCAGAGUGGGGCGUCGACUUGGACAUCAGUCCAUACCCCUUCCCAGCCCUCAAUGUUAAGACCAAACAUGUUGAAGAAGCUAGACAGGCUGGGCUUAAAACGGUUGUCUUCGUCGUCGGGUUGUUUUCCGAGUUAAUUCUUGCGCCCAUCUUUGGGUGCUGGACUGCGCCGAACGCAGUGAAUAUUCCUGAUUCCGGCAAGCGUAAAGGCGUCUUCACAUGCAAAAAGCACAUUGUGCAGUAUGCACUUCGAGCCGUCAUCCUCGCUUCUCAGGACCCAGCGAAGUUCCCAGAUAAGGUUCGCGUUUGGGACGAUAAUAGACCCUGGGAUGAAUACGUCGCAGAGCUCGAACAAGUCUUAGGAAGAGAACUCGUAAAGAAUGUCAUCCCCAAGGAACAACUCGUGCAAGAUUUCGCCACAGAGCCUUCCUUCACCGGCCUUGGAAGGUUACUCACUGCCGAUGGCCUAACCGAUUAUUCGGACAACCAUAACGAAUUGUUGAACCCAGGCGAGAAGUUUUUCAAACGGCAGACUGUUGGGGAGACUUUGAAGGAGGUACGUUACGAUGUGAUAUCACCGGUGUUGGGAGUGGUUGGCUGAUGGUUGAUUGGGCUACCCAGGCUGCGACGGGAUGACAUGACUAUCCGGCCGAGUACCAAAUUUCUCUUUUUCUUUGGGGUCGCCAGUGCAUGUGUAGAGAUUAUGUCGUGGACUCGCGCCCGGAAGAUGUAUUCCGUUUAUUUGAUGUAGGGAAUGAAUUUUCACGGUCAAAACAGAUUAAGUCGCGAUCUCCAGGAAGCCACGUUGCGAGUGGCAUCAGUAACAUUCCUUUUGAUUGAGUUCGGCGAAUAUCCACCCGCUGCAGAAGCGAGAAA